GGCGAUUCACUCAGUCUCUGCUGCCUUUUGCCACCGCUUCUCCGGCGUCUGCUCGCCGUUCCUUCCUCAGCAGGAAUGAUAACUUGGGUGAACGUGAAUGAAUAAAGCCACUUCUGCAAAUGUAGGGCAGAAGGCCAAUGAUGCAAACAGUAUGGCCCUAAUGAACGGACAGACCAGUAAUAUUAAUAUUGUAGCUACUGCUUCAGAGAAGAGUAGCAGCUCAGAAUCAUUGAGUGACAAAGGUUCUACUGAAUUGAAGAAAAGUUUUGAUGCAGUAGUUUUUGAUGUUCUGAAAGUUACACCUGAGGAAUAUGCAGGCCAGAUUACACUCAUGGAUAUUCCUGUAUUUAAAGCUAUUCAACCAGAGGAACUGUCAAGCUGUGGUUGGAAUAAAAAGGAAAAAUAUAGUUCAGCACCAAAUGCAGUUGCUUUUACAAGAAGAUUCAACCAUGUAAGUUUUUGGGUUGUUAGAGAGAUUCUUCAUGCACAGACAUUGAAAAUAAGAGCUGAAGUCCUAAGCCACUAUAUCAAAACUGCUAAGAAACUUUAUGAACUAAAUAAUUUACAUGCUCUUAUGGCUGUGGUUUCUGGAUUGCAAAGUGCCCCCAUCUUCAGGUUGACUAAAACAUGGGCGUUACUGAGCCGAAAAGACAAGGCUUCUUUUGACAAACUGGAAUACGUAAUGAGCAAAGAGGACAAUUAUAAAAGACUUAGAGACUAUAUUAGUAGCUUGAAGAUGACUCCUUGUAUUCCUUAUUUAGGUAUUUAUCUCUCAGACUUGACAUAUAUUGACUCAGCAUAUCCAUCAACAGGAAGUAUUCUGGAAAAUGAGCAGAGAUCAAACUUAAUGAAUAAUAUUCUUAGAAUAAUUUCAGACUUACAGCAAUCUUGUGAAUAUGAUAUUCCUGUGUUGCCUCAUGUUCAAAAGUACCUGAAUUCUGUUCAGUAUAUAGAGGAACUUCAGAAGUUUGUGGAAGAUGAUAAUUAUAAACUUUCAUUAAAAAUAGAACCUGGGACCAGUACCUCACGCCCCACUGCAUCUCAUGAAGAUUUAGUUGGCCCUGAAGUGGGUGUUUCUCCCCAAAUGGUGCGAAAGAAUGCUACUGCUGAAGGAGCAUUGCUACCACCAACUCCUCCAUCUCCUAGAAACCUGAUGCCUCAUGGGCAUAGAAAAUGUCACAGUUUGGGAUACAAUUUCAUUCAUAAAAUGAACACAGCAGAAUUUAAAAGUGCAACAUUCCCAAAUGCAGGACCAAGGCAUCUUUUAGAUGAUAGUGUCAUGGAACCACAUGCUCCAUUACGGGGGCAAGCAGAGAGCUCCACUCUUUCCAGUGGAAUUUCAAUAGGUAGCAGUGAUGGUUCAGAGCUCAGUGAAGAAACUUCAUGGCCAGCAUUUGAAAGGAACAGAUUAUACCAUUCUCUUGGUCCGGUGACAAGAAUAGCACGAAAUGGCUAUUGGAGCCACAUGAAGGGCAGCAGUUCUGCAGAAUCUGAAGAUUUAGCUGUUCAUUUAUAUCCAGGAGCUGUUACUAUUCAAGGGGUUCUUAGAAGAAAAACUUUGUUGAAAGAGGGGAAGAAACCAACAGUCGCUUCUUGGACCAAAUACUGGGUGGCUCUGUGUGGAGCACAGCUUUUCUACUAUGCUGCAAAGUCUUUAAAGGCUACAGAGAGAAAACAUUUCAAAUCUACACCAAGUAAGAAUGUGUCAGUAGUGGGUUGGAUGGUUAUGAUGGCUGAUGAUCCAGAUCAUCCGGAUCUUUUCCUACUCACAGAUUCCGAAAAAGGGAAUUCGUACAAGUUUCAAGCUGGUAACAGAAUGAAUGCAAUGCUGUGGUUCAAGCAUCUAAGUGCUGCCUGCCAAAGCAACAGACAACAGGUUCCUGCCAAUUUGAUGACUUUUGAGUGA